AUGCCCUCUCCCUCCUGGCGAUACGAGGACCUAGGCGACCAGGCUGCAAGGAAUACAGGAAAGAAACGGAACCGUGUCGUGCUUGGCGCGCAAUCUUGGGCUUGUCUUCAAUCCUUGAUUUGCCUUGUUGGUGCUGGUAUCGUAUCAGGAAACGUCGUUGGUGGCGGCGGGGAGAAGCGAGGAGGGCGUGUCGAUCGAAACGAAGCAGCUUCUAAAGACUACACUAGUGCACCAAACGCUGGCGAGACGGGCGAGACGCGUGGAUCUGCAAGAGCGUCCAGCGAUAAAGAGAAGAGAAGAGAGCAAAGCGAUGUAAUUUUCGGAGGGAGUUGGGACGGUAUUUCCUUCGUAUUCAGUUUUGGCGGCAAGCUUUACUUUCGUACAAUUCUUCGCAUCGAGGAAGCUUGGAGGUUGCGUGCAAAGAAGGGCCAAGCAAACGAGAAAGUUUUGGUUGCUCAAGGAUGCGGCGAUGCCCCCCGCGACUUGCCCUCCCUCCCCUCCCCUGGUCGUUUGACUAGUCGGCUUGGUCUCUCGGGGUGA